AUGGAUGUAUUAUGUCACAAGUGGAAUGAAAAAAUGAAAAAUUUACACUUUAAAAUAAAGAAACUACGUAACGAUAUAGACGAUUUUAAGAGGAUUACCAUUAAUACGUGCAUUCAAAGAAACAAAAAGGUGUCCUUUUCAAAAAUGAACAACAACAUACGAAGAAGAGAACUUAUAAGCAUGAACAAUUACGAGAUGAAGCCUAAUUUCGGCAAGGUAAAUAACUGCACUUAUGUAUUACGCGAUGACAAAUGUAGUAAGAUAGGCAAUGUGCCUUUGCCCCUCUCGAAGAACGCGUCUAAUAAGGUCAUCAAAACGAAUGACGCCAAAGCACUGGACAAUAAAAUUUCCCUGAAAUUUAGCUCAAGAAAUAAGAGAAAAAAUGAAAAGCUGAUCAGAAUGACUGACAGGAAGUGGAUAAACGCGACGAAGCAUAUGAAAGUCGAGAAAGAAAAUGACAUCGGAAUGGAGAAAAUUUUCGAAAAAAAAAAGAGCGCGAAGAACAGGAGGUUGUACUUGGAGGGGGAAAAGGGCAACAUACAGGCGUACCCAAUCUACUCCGACGUGGAAGUGGGAUUCGAAAAUAUUUCCCGCCUUGAGGAUGAAACCUUGUCAAAAGUAAAAAAGGAGAGCCAGGACGACGACGACAUAAAGACGUCAAGGCAGCUAGCCGAAUGGAGCUCAGAUAUGGUUCACAAGUAUCUUGAGGAGACCAUUGAAAAAACGAGAAUACUUUUUCAAAGUGCGGAUUUGAAAAGUCGACAGGAGGAAAUGCUCAGGAGGAUGAAUUCUUAG